GCUCCUUAGUUCAUCUCCCGGUAGAACAAGGCACCAAUGCGGUGGGUUCGACUCCCACAGGAGCGCACAUUGCCAAUCUAAUGGGUACUAAGUUCUUGCUGUCAAUUACGGAUUCUUUAGCGAUGUAAAGCCAUCAGGCAAAGAAACGGCUGUCUCGGUAUUCGUUCUUGAAUCAUUGACUGAGAAAGGGCUAGUGAUCAAGAAAAUAAGACUAGUAGGCCAUCUUCCUCUUUCUGAAAGAAAGGUAGUUUACUGGCUCGAGCCUAUGUGAGAAGAGGGGAAGGUACGUAGUAACUAUACCAGGAAAUAACUCGUGAAAAAGGUGGCUUUUUACGCGUAUUUUAGAAUCAAGGGACUCUACCUAGUGUAAGGACUCGGAAGAGGGAGUUGACUCGCUUGAGUGUUAUACGCGCUGGCGGCUAAAAACCGCUGUUUAUGACCUUGAAUGUAUGAUGGCUUAACCCCGAUAAGAACUCGUGUUCUAUGCUUCAGGAAAGGCUUCAAAGCCUGGGUUUCUUACUGGAAUAGCCCUCCCGCCCCGUUUCUAGGCUUAGAAAAUAGCUGUUUACGCUACCUUUCUGGGCCUAAUAGUCUACCCUAUACCUACUAUACAGUACCCGUGUUUAUAUGCAACUAGAGUUGCCUCUUUUGCGCGGAGUUGAGGACUCUAACUCCAGACUUUACCGGGCUAGAACUCUCUUUAGUUGCUUCUCUAGUGUUACACGCGUGGGCGGCUUCAAACCGGACUUGAAUAGCAUCUCGGACUCUACCAGGCCCAAAGCCCUCUGAAACAAAUACCAGAGAAAGAAACUCCGGCGCGGGAAGCUAAAGGAAUGGAGCGAAAGCCUUAGUUUAAGACCUUUCAUCGAAUCUAGGGACUCCUGCCCUAGUUAAGCCCCCUUAUAAGCCUCAGGAAUUGCAAUUUACGCUACGUUUCUUGACCAGGAACGAAAGCAACUCGACCAAGGGGAGGGGGAGAGGAGCGUAUGCGAAGAGGGAGAGCUAUAGAAGAUAGAGUUGAAAGCUAGAUACGAGGAGAGGUUCCGAAGGAAAGCCUUUUGAACAUGCUGGGAAUCCCCCUUUGGUGGCAGUUUACACGCGGGCGAAAAACCAAUGUUUCGGAGAUCUGUGUAUGAUUUCCCUAUACCACGCUCAAACCCCUAUUUCUAUGCCUCAAGAAAGGCUUCUUUUGAAUAGUUUCUGGCUUUCAUAGCUAAAGUAACUCGAACCUGGCGAGGAACCCUAUUUAGUUGCUUCAGGAAUGGCUGUUUACGCUGCGCUUAGGAACCCCCAGCGCGUGAUUGCUUAUGCCUGGGCAUAACUCUCUUUAGUUGCUUCUUUUCGCGCUCUAGAAAGCAAACCAAGAUCUAGAAGAGUUUGAAGAGAGAGUUGUAGGAGUACAUCAUUCUUCCAAUGAAUUGGAAUGGCAACAAUACGGGCAAAAACGUUUAAGACCUUCCCAUAGACUUCUACGCCUCUUGUUGAGGAAUGGGAUACUAAGUAACCUGGCCGUACCCAGCUUUCAAAUUCUAACACCAUUCUCUUUUUUUCUUUGUUGUAGUUCUAUCAAUAAUGAGUGUUGACACUUCGGAAUACGAAUAAGAUUAUUGAUUUUGCUCCGGACAAAUCUUUUCUUGCUGAAUCAAACGGCGUAUCUAAUUCUUUCUUCUUCUUUUCUUUCAGAACCUCCGGCAAGUAAUAAAGUGUUAUAGAAGCUAGCUAGCAACUCUAUAUUUAUCUACUCUUUCUAUAAGACCUACGGUGCAUAAGAAAGAUCGUAUAUAAGAAACUACCUAUGGAUCAUCUAGGUCUUUGAUUCGUUCUUGCACCCGCUCCCGGGCAUCAGAAGUAGUAGAAGAAGUGUUGUUGCCACCAGAGCUCUCAUUGCCAGAGCUAGAGCAGCUAUCGUUAUCAGAAGUAGUCUUGGUGCCAGAGCUAGAGGUAGGCGAAGAAGUGCUAUAAGGUGCAUCAUAAGAAGUCUUUGUAUCAUAGUUGUUGCCAUCAUAGCUAUCAGAAGAAGUGCUAUAAGGUGCAUUAGUAGAAGUUGUAUCCCGUUCUCUUUGCACACGUUCUGUAUCAUAGUAGUCCCGCGCAGAGGUAGAAGUUGUAUCUGCUGUAUCAUAGUUGUUGCUAGAGCAGCUAUCAUUGUCACCAGAGCUAGUUGAAGAAUGGUUAGAGCUAUCAUUGCCAGAGCUAGUUGAAGAAUGGUUCUCAGAAGUAGUAUUGGGCGAAGAAGUGCUAUUCCUGAAAGCGAGUGAGUAGACCUAUAUACGGUAUACGAACGAUAGAAGACAAAGAAAAGAAAGAAGUGCUAGCUGGUGUCGCCUUCUCUCUUACUUAUCUAUUCCCAUCCAUCUUCCCUGGAAGGAAGCCUAAUGGUAUGAUUUCAGAUCAUGCUUGGGGCGCUUCCGACUGUCUUAGUGCUUUUGAAGUAUCCAUUGAAAUAUCUCUUUCAGUGCCCGGUUUCCACAAAGCAUUGCCCUUCGUAGCUGCAUUAGGAGACAUUAGAUAGACUCCGGUGAUACACUAAGAGAGUCGGCUAGGUAGUACACAAUGAGGAUUCCCCGCCUGACAUCUAGGAAAGCUCCUUUCUGCUGUGCUUGCCACUACUGCCUAAUAGGGUUUUCGAGUAGAAUAAGUAGGCUUUUUCGGUUGAAGCUCUCCUCGAACCAUUUCUGAUGAUUGAGCCUUUCCUGAGUUAGUGAGAAAACUCUGCUUUAAGCCUUUCUUCAGAGUUCUAGCAAGCCCUUCUUUGACCGGGCAUUUCUGCGAGUUGAUUCUACACCCAUUCGGGGUAUUUUCUGCCACAUCUCAUACCCUAGUACCGGGUCUUGACCACGUAAUCAAAGGCUUUAAAAGGUCUCUGCAGUGGAAUAUUUUUUAUGUGCAGGGCCUUCCGCUUUCACACUUGAGCAAAUUCUAUAUAUAUAGCUAGCGACUUAGUAGGUCUAUGGCCUGCCCCCGCAACAAGUACUAGCAUAUAGCAUAACCAAAUAGAAAUGUGGCUGGGCUCAGAAAGAAAGGAGGAGUCGAGAUUUCAGGCUUGUAGAAGGAAUCAAUGAGGCGAAUUGAGCUAGGUUACACUACUUUUAUUGAGGAGAAAUCCCUUAAUUAAUGUAUGUGCUUUUGAUCAGUGCCCGUACGUGACCUUUUUGAACUUAUGGUCUGUCAUCCUGGAUCUGGCACCCCCAAUGCCCAAUUCUCAAUAGGAGCUAGAACCACAUUCUUUGCCUUCUCUCUUUGAGCCAAGGACAGGACUCUCACUUGCAUUCCCAGAUCUUAAGCACAAUUCCCAUACAUUCCGGCAAAGUCCUGAAAAGUCUCUUACUAGCCCAACUAAGAGAAAGCAACGAAACCUUGCGAGUGAGUGUCAGAAGCCUAGCACAACCACUGGAUUCACAGAUGGUAGGGCAAAAGCAGUCAAUGAAAGGGAAUAAUUUGCUUAUAAGGCAGAUUCAUGAGGGGUGUAAUCCCCCACACCAUCAAGAGAAGCAGCUUUAGCUCUUUCAAGCCGGCUGCUUUCACUCCAAAGAAAUAAAGGAAGAAGGGCGUGUAGCUACAUCAUGAAAGUAGAGGUUACAGAGUCUCUCGACCUGCGGGGAGAGGGAUGCUCAUGGCAUAGAGUUACGGAGUCACUUUUGGUUUCCUUCUUGCCGAAAGCAUAUCAUCUUCUCUUACGUCGUUUCGAAAGGCAGACUUUCCUGCUUCAUACUACUCUUUUCUCGGAGUUUAGUUCGACAGAAAGAAGGGAGUUUUUUAAUUUCCUUUGUUUGUUGACCGAAUCCCAUCUUUCUCAAUUACAUGCCGAUAUUUUACUUUUGUUUUGGCUUUUAAUUAGCCUAAAAGUUCAAGAGUAGGCCCGAACCGCUCCCCCUUUCCAUUUAAUCACUGACAAAACCUACCUUUCAAUUCGACUUAACGAAAGGACUUCAACUUUAGAACAAUCAAUCGAACGGCGGGUAAGGGCUUGUACUCUCUUUUCCGUGGAUACGCUACCCCUUCCGGCUAUGGUAGGGGGAAGGGAGAUCUACCCAUUGAUUUGAUAUUAGAUGAGCGGCCGUACUAUGAUCGUUCGGGACACCCGGCCCAUUCAAAUAAAAAUAGAACGAGCACCUACGACUAAGGGGAAUGGAAUGUCGACCACGGGGUGAGAGAAUCUUAUAAUACGGGAGCGAGUGACUGGUAAAGUCAUUAAACUUAGUCAUUUUGAUCAACAUGGUUGCAAGUGGACUGGGUUUAUGUGUUUAAACUUACUACGACCAAAGUCGUGGCUACUUCAACCAAAAAAGGGCAGCCCCCUAUUCAAGCCGAAAAAAGUACCUAACUUACGAAGAAGUAGUUGGAGCUGGGCUCCGAACUAUGAGAGUUUGCUUUUGUUUUCUGUUUAUAAGAGUGGUCUGAUCCCUUAUUUGAUCAAACCGCUCCUGGUGUUAGUCAUUAAUGGUCGGCUUAAUUAGUACCCUUUCGGUAUGUGUUGCGAACACUUUCAUUUUUAGCUUCUCAUCUUCUCUAGAGAAGCAAAACUCGAACGGAUAGAACAGAUGGUCCAACUACAUAACUUUUUCUUUUUCAUUACUUCCAUGGUCGUGCCUCGUGGCACGGCAGCGCCCGUACUAUUGAAAUGGUUCGUCAGUAGAGAUGUUCCCACAGGUGCCCCUUCUUCCAAUGGUACUAUAAUUCCUAUUCCUAUCCCUUCAUUCCCUCUUUUGGUCUAUCUACAUUCCAAGAAAUUCAUACGCUCCACGGACGGAGCAAAAAGUGGAGUCUUGGUCAGAGCAAGCCGCCCCAUUCUAUUACCAGACAUAAUUGGGAGAAGCUCAUCCGAAACUAGAGCUAGAAACGCCUUAUUUCGUUUCGUUCCCGCUUUUCAUUUCCUUCUUCUCGAAUCCAAAGGGGACUUCUCCUAUUUAGAAUCUUUCUGCGGUGUGCUCCGUUUACUAUUCUUUCGUACUUUCUUCUCUUUACCACGCGAUAGGUCAGCGAAGCGUGAGCGGGCGCGGAGAAGGAAACGCCAAACACUUCGGCCUAACGGGAAUCAGCAACGACGAAAUGACAAGAUGAGGUGCCCCGGGCACCCCCAUUUAGAAGGAAGGGUCGAAGGUUUUGGGCCUGUAGCUUUCCCCGUCCCCCCCUCGUCGGGCGGUGCUUGUGUGGGGGGUGCGCAACCAGAAAUCGGGCUUGAAGCUCUCACCUUACCAACGAGCCGACAGCUGAUGGCUGUUGGUCACGACUACUACAAAAAAGCUCCAAUGAAGAUGAAUAUUUCACAUGGAGGAGUGUGCAUCUGUAUGUUGGGUGUUCUUCUGUCGUGCGACCCGGCGGCGUAUGUGCGACCUGUGGCCCACGCCUCCUAUUUGUUCAGGGCGGGCGGCGUGAACUCUGAUUCGAUCCGGGUAUUCAAUCCCGCCGCUGAGAUGCUCAGUUGA